AGAAUGGAAAGGAAGGCAGGGAGGGGAGGAAAGCAAUUUUUUUUUUUUUACAAAGUGUUUGUCGGAGUCCCUUCCACUCCUGAGAAGACUCUGAGUGAGACAGGGGACAAGGAGGGUCGGUCUCUCUGAUCAGAUUACAUUGAAGAUUUGAGUGACUGCGACCAUGCGGCUGGUGAUUGUCUUCCUCUUGUCUGCCCUGCUUCCACUCUCUCUCUCCCAUGGACGGGACCCCUUCGCCUGGUUAUACGGCUGGCAGAGCCAAGGAUACUAUUUUGGCUCCCUACAGGCAGACACCACAGGAGGAGAGUGUCCUGAUGUGUGUGACUGCCCCCCCUCCUUCCCUACUGCCAUGUACUGUGAUGGGCGGGGUCUGACAGACAUGCCAACAAUUCCCUCGCGUGUCAAAUACUUGUACCUCCAAAACAAUGCUAUCACAGCUGUGCCCGACUCGGCCAUGAUCAAUGCAACCAAUCUGGUGUGGCUCAUGAUGCACCACAACCAGCUGACAUCUGAAGCCAUUGGUAAAAAGGCAUUUCUGAAGUUGGAGGGAUUAGAGCGUUUAUAUCUGCAACACAACAAUUUGAACAGCAUUCCUCCCAACCUCCCUCGCUCCCUGCGGGACCUGAGGAUCAAUCAUAACAAGAUUGAAAAGGUAACAUCGGCAGACCUAGAGGGAAUGGAUAACCUCACUAUCCUGUAUCUCCAUGACAAUGCUGUCACAGACAUGAGCACAUCACUGAAGGCUCUGACAUCUCUCACGCUGCUGGACAUCAGUGGCAACAAGCUGACAAAGGUCCCAGAGGCUCUCCCUGAACAUCUGCACCAGCUCUACCUAGAGUCCAACUCCAUUGACUCUCUACCAGAUGACUUCCUGGGCCGUUUCACACAGCUGCAGUAUGUUAGGAUGGCCCACAACCAGCUCACAGACAAGGGUAUCCCUUCCAACACCUUUAAUGUGACUGGGCUGGUGGAGCUGGACCUGAGCUUCAACAAACUAGAGAGAAUCCCUCCAGUCAGCACCACUCUGCAACAUCUCUAUCUGCAAGCCAACCAGAUCAAAGAGUUCACUCUGGGUAGCUUCUGCAGCAUUGUGGAUGUGAUGAAUUUCUCCAAACUGCGAACACUGCGACUGGACGGGAACGAGAUCAGUCGUCAGGACAUCCCCUCAGAUUCAUCCCUGUGCCUGCGGCUGGCUUCCGACAUUGAGGUCUAACUGUGUGUAUGACACAGUUUGUAGCACUCUGCUCACAAACACAUCUGACUUUACAACAUGCUCCAUAAUAUGAAACACAUUAUUUAUAUGUACCAAAACCAAAGCACAGUAGGGUGAUGAUAUAAUUCAAUAUCAACAGCAGAUGGCAGCAGUUAUUAUCCACAAGAGCAAAGACUGUCAUAUGUUUCAGUGAUUUUUAACACCAUUUGGAGAGGCUUUGCCAGAGGCUUGAAAACGGCCUGUUCUCUGUUGAAAAUUACAUUAUUAUUCUCAAUUAGAUUUAUCUUUAUAUGAAAUUUAUAUGAAAUUACAAAUACACUACACUAACACUAUACAUUCUGUAAGACCAAUACGAUUUGUGAGCCAAACGUUUCUUUUUUGCGCAUUGAAAAUAACCUGACCCUGAUCCUCUUUAUAUGUUGCUGUGAGGAUCAAUGAUCUUUGUAUUUUGAAACUAUAGCUGUCAUUAUUUCUCUUUAUCUAUCUCUGUGUUGCCUCAUGUCUUUCAUUGUUUUGUCUGAGAAGCUGAUGAUAAACAGUGUGUAUCAUGUAUGAGGUAAAUUGUAUAAUUUCAAAUCAUUAUCUGUCACAGAAUACUAAGGCACAAUAGUUUAGUGUCUGCUGCAUGAAAAUGCCUUUUUGCAGUUGGGUGCAUUGGGCCAAAUACUGUUUUCUUGUUUGUUUUAAAGCAGGCUGUGACAGCCUGUUUCUGUAGAGGGUCCUCCUUUUGCACAAUGAACUCAAAUUUCCUUAGAGACAUGAAAAAUAUCUUUGUACAAUUUGAAAAAUAUCUCCAUACUGUACUGUAGUGAAUCAGACAUAGAGAGGGCUUUGAGAGUUAUGAUUCUUGAGUUACUGUAUGCAUUGCAUGGAUUAUCAUAUGUUUGUUUCCAAGCCUAUUGCAGAGUAAAUAAAGUUGAGAUUUAUAAGAAAAAAGA